UACCCUACAAUGAAUGGAAAUCCAUACUCAAAGAUCAUAGGCGAAGUCGGAGGCAAUGAAAGCUCCAUAUCCAUGGAGUCUUCUUCUUCUUCCCCAGAUCUUAUGCCUGGAACCCCCAAACCCACUUCUAACCCUACCCCAAACCCCAUGAAGAACUCGGACCCCAACACCCAAUGCUCAUCGGAGCAAGAAGAUGAUCCAGCCGAAGGCAACAACAACAACAAAAAGAAGAAGAACACGAGAGACAAGAUCCUUAAAGCAUGGAAGAAGAUUUUUAGGCUGUAGUAUGUCUUUUAAUUACCGUAAACAACAUUUUAUAUAGCUUGCCUUUGAAUCUGAUUUGCACUUCUCUUUAUU